UUCUCCACCAAACGUCGCAACACCCGAUAUUCCACAUAUCUCACCUCUCCAAACGCCCCGUAACGCCGCCAAGGCCUUCCAGAGGCUCCGAAGUGCAGCACACCACUGCCCCUUUACACAUCCAGAAGCGGCACUCCACAACAUCAUCAUCUACGGGUACUCGAGGACAACGAUUCACAUCUGCGCACAACACCGCUGCUAUGGCCGUCUCGAUCCAGGACCGAACCGAUGAGUUCCGCUCGAUUCUCGCCCAGGCUCAGCGACGACAGGCGCAGUCGAAGACCGGAGCCCAGCGCCAGUCGCUCCUAACAGCCCAGGAGAAGGCCCAGGCAAACCCCUCGCCGCAACGACAACGCUCAGAGUUCGCGCGCAAUGCCGCUGAAGUCGCACGAGGAGUCGCAAGCACAAUGCAGAAGUUGGAGCGCCUGUCACAACUCGCAAGGCGCAAGACGCUGUUCGACGACCGGCCAGUAGAGUUCGACGAGCUUACCUUCGUAAUCAAGCAAGACAUGACAGCGCUCUCUGGACAGGUCCAGAACCUGCAGCAAAUGAACGCGAAGUUGCACCCUAAGGCGAAACCAGGCGUGGACCAAGAGGGGGAGCACAAUAGCAACGUGGUUCUGCUGCUGAAGGACAAGCUGCAGAACGUGGGCACAAACUUCAAGGAUGUACUGGAGGUGCGGACGAAGAACAUGCAGGCAUCGCGCUCACGCACAGAACAAUUCCUCUCAACUGCGCAAUCAUCAUCUACCCUUGACCCUGGCCGGACCGACUCUCCGUUGUACCAGACGCCGCAACGAGGCCGCUCUCCAGGCGGCUUCAAGAACACAAACGCUGCACAGCAAGACUUGCUCUCCCUCGAGCCGUCGGGAUCGUCUGCUCUCACACGCGGUGGGCCCCAGUCAGACGCACAAUUGCUGCUCAUGGAGGAGGCACAACCACAGAACGCAUACAUCCAACAGCGAGGACAAGCGAUAGAGUCGAUCGAGUCCACGAUCCAAGAGCUCGGUGGUAUCUUCAGUCAACUGGCGCAGAUGGUGUCCGAGCAGGGCGAGCAGAUCCAGCGCAUUGAUGCCAACACUGAGGAUGUGGUGGACAACGUCGAGGGUGCGCAGCGCGAGUUGAUGAAGUACUGGAGCCGCGUGCAAGGCAACAGGUGGCUUGUUGCAAAGAUGUUUGGUGUUCUGAUGAUAUUUUUCCUUUUGUGGGUACUCAUCUCGGGAUAGAUGCUUUCCAUGUUGCUUGAUGUAUUCUUUGCAUAAUCCCCGGCGUUCAGGAAGACAGGACGCAUCGACACCA